AUGGCGGAAAACGUGAAAGUGGUCGUACGGUGCCGACCGAUGAGCAAACGCGAACAGCAAUCAAACUGCAAGAACGUUAUACAGAUCGAUAACGCACUGGUAAAUCUGGACAAUCCGAAUGACGCGAAUGCACCGCAAAAAUCGUUUCAGUUUGAUAACGCCUACGGAUAUGCGGCGACGACGGAGAAUAUCUACAGCGACAUUUGUUACUCUUUGGUGGAGAGUGUUCUUGAGGGUUACAAUGCGACAAUCUUUGCCUACGGUCAAACGGGUUGCGGUAAAUCGCACACAAUGCAGGGGACCACCUACAAUCUGUCGGCGGCCGAUCCAAACAAUGCCAACAACAUUGGCAUUAUACCACGUUCGUUCGAGCACAUCUUCGAGGCGAUCUCAUUGGCCAACGAGCUGCGGUAUCUGGUGCUGGUUAGCUAUCUGGAGAUCUACAACGAAACGAUACGCGAUCUGCUGCAGCCGCAAACCCAACCGGCGGGUAGUUUGCAGAUCAAGGAAAUACCCGGCGAAGGGGUCACGGUUCAAAACCUUUCCCUGCACACCGUGCACGGGAUGAAGGAAUGCAUCGAACUGUUGGAGCUAGGCGCCAAGAAUCGUAUGGUCGGUGCAACGCUUAUGAACAUCGAAAGUUCCCGAUCGCACUCGAUCUUCAGCAUAAGUUUGGAGCAAAUGUCUACCAGCGUGGACGGUGACGGAGCGGCGAUCAAACGUGGCAAGCUGAACCUGGUAGAUUUGGCCGGUUCCGAGCGACAAAGUAAAACCGGAGCUACGGGCGAAAGGCUAAAGGAGGCAACGAAAAUUAAUCUCUCGCUGUCCGCGCUCGGCAAUGUCAUAUCCGCGCUCGUGGACGGCAAAACCCGACACAUUCCGUACCGCGAUUCGAAGCUCACCAGACUGCUGCAGGACUCGUUGGGCGGCAACACUAAAACACUGAUGAUUGCAUGCAUUUCACCGGCGGGUUACAAUUACGAUGAAACGCUUUCCACGCUACGGUACGCUAGCAGGGCGAAAAACAUUGCCAACAAACCGCGCGUCAACGAGGAUCCGAAGGAUACGAUGUUGCGCGAAUAUCAGCAGGAAAUUCUUCGUCUUAAGGAACUGUUGAAAGGAGGCGAAACUCCUUUGCAACUCGCCCACACUAACGGGCACGAUCGCGAGACGAGCAGUCUGGAUGUGGAAAAGCAAGCUCUUAAAACACAGUACGAUCAGGAGGUGAUGCACCUUCGCCGGGAGUACGAACAGCAGAAGAUCGCCAAACAGGAGCUCGUUAAGGAUAUUGAAAAGAUAAAAGCGUACUACGAACAGCAAAUGCAACUGCUCGCGGCGAAAAAGCUUUCCGACGGCGAAAAGGAUCUCCCAAACACGAGUCUGGCCGGUCGGGAUCGCAAAGAAAUUUACGAUCGCAUCAAACAGAUCAAGGACGCACUGAUCGGUGGCGAGCGUGCGAACGACAUCCAGCUGAAGGAGAAACGCUACCGAAAUAAGCUCGCGUCGGAGAAACGGAUCAACGCCCUUGCGCAAGCGCUUGGCCGAAUCGAGCAGCCAGCGGACAGGGAUUUACUACAGGGACACUACUCGGACAUACAGCAGGAUUUGAAAGUACGCUACGAACAGAUUCGGGCACUUCGAAAGCGUAACAAAUUCUUCGAGCAAGAAGUGUCCGACAUUCAGGGCGAGUUUCAACGCGAACGGGACGACUACCUUGCGACGAUAAGACUGCUGGAGAAGAAGAUUCUAUUCUACGAAACGGUGUUCCAGAAGGCGAUGCCCGUCCUGCGCAAAGAUGGACGGUACUGGAAUUUGGAGUGUCUGGAAAAGGAGUCGGAAUGGAAUGAUGAUUUGCGCAAGUGGCGCUUACCGGACGAUACGCUUUUAAGGUUGCGCUUACCACCGGCCGAAACAUCACCACCGCCACCACCGGAGGUGACUUCACCCGGGAAACUUAACGGGCGUGAAAGUCAAACGUCCCUAACCGCACCGGGACGACUAGAGCGCAGCUCCACGAUGAUACUUGCCAAAUUGCCCGAGUUCCAGCGAGACGCCAACGCACUGGCAGCGGACGAGCAGAACCAGCGUAAAGGUGAUUUCCUGAGCAAAAGCACCAACAGUAAUCCCUUUCCGAAGAUCGAAGACGUUGCGAUGACAUACUUCAGACCACGACGGGCCGCGGAACUGGUGUACAAAAGCGGUUGGCGAUCAUUUCAAAAGUGA